AAUCUCUCCGCUGGUAUCAUAAUCAUCGCACCACCUUCACCUACGUUCUCAUCUCUUUCACUCUCUCUCUCUCUCUCUCUGUGGGUGACGCUUUACAUCACUUUAUCUCUCUGUGUCCGUUUCUUCAGAAAUUUCUCUCAGCCGCUGGUUCUGUCGCCAUUGGAGCUGUGUCAAGGAAGCUUCUGUUUACAGAGACAACAAACACCGCCCCGGAUUCCCGGAAAGAAAGGAAAACCCGUCAAGCGUACGAUUACCAUGGCGCUAGAGCAAUAUGGUGAAGAAGUGAUGGCUGCACAUCGCUCUGACACGAUGAGCAAAUCAUCAGGUGACUGGAAAUCCAUCUCAGCUGCAGCAGCUGAUUCAGAAGAUUGCCAGUCUGCUGGUUUCGAGUGCAAUAUCUGCCUGGACACGGUUCAAGAUCCUGUGGUCACCCUCUGCGGGCACCUCUACUGCUGGCCCUGCAUCUACAAGUGGCUUGAAGUCCAAGGAGUUUCCUCCGAGGGCAAAGAGCCACAGCCUCAGCAAUGUCCUGUGUGCAAAGCCGAGAUAUGCACCUCUACCCUGGUCCCUUUGUAUGGGCGGGGUCGAACCUCCAAGCCCUCCAAGAGCAAGGAACAAGCCAAACAUCUCGGGAUAGUGAUCCCACGAAGACCGUUUGGUCUGACAUGCGGCUUUGAAUCACCAAGAACACCUAGUACUAUGUCUAACAGUCCCUCUCGGGGCACGCAGAGCUACAACCAGAUCUAUUCGCCUCAGCUGCAGCCCACAUCGUACCAUCCGAAUCUCCUUGGUGGGUACGGUUCUUCGCCCACGAUUAGUUUCGGGGGCACUGCUGCAAGUGUCAUCGACCCAUUGGUUGGGAUGAUAGGGGAGAUGGUUUACGCGAGGAUGUCUGGAAAUUCCACGACGACCUUCCAAGCAUACCCGAACUCAUACCAUCUCGCAGGGGGUGCCAGCCCGAGGGUGAGGAGGCAUGUGAUGCAGGCGGAUAGGUCCCUGAGCAGAAUAUGUUUCUUCCUCUUGUGCUGCAUAUUCCUGUGUCUGCUCCUGUUCUGAGCUCUAUAGUUCCUUUCCCGCUUUCUCGGUGUACAUGUAAGGAUUAUGAGAGAACGUGAGAUAUGUAGGGAACAGAUAGGGUGUAGAUGUUAGGCAUGAUAUGUUCGGUUCGCUGUAAUACAUAUAGGAGAGUUGCAAUUCGGUUUCUGUAGAAAGAAAGGGAGGAGCCCAAUUGAGAUCGGUGCUACUUUGUUUCUGCAACUUGUAAGAAAUUCCAAUCUCCGAUUGAGCGCUUUCGAUACCCGAACUUUCAUUCGUUAAAUGUAGUCGUUCUUCGUAA